AGGAGGCGGCGGCCGCGCGGAGGAGGGUUAUCUAUACAUUUAAAAACCGGCCCGUCUGCACUGAGUGUAGAAGACCUGGGGAGCGUCAGACUGCACGCGCUAGACACGAGCGCCCCACGCUCCACUGCGCGCACAGCCCAACUUCUAGACCUGUUGCGGCUCGCCGUCCCGGACUUCUGAAGACCUGGGACGCAAGUGCCACAGGCCCCCUUGUGGCGUUGCCGUCGACCCACCGUCCCCGGCUCUUCGGCCUGCACCUCCCCGCGGUGCGCGGGGCUCCAAGGAGGCUCCGGGCGAGUGGAUGCGGACGCGAUGGACAGCGGCGCGCUACCCCCACCCGCGCCCCCCGCGCCUGGCGUCUCCGGCGGCUGCGCCGCUCGGCGGCGACCCGCGUCCCCGGAGCUGUUGCGCUGUAGCCGGCGGCGGCGGCCGUGCGCGGAGGAGACUGGGGGCGGUGCGGCGGCCGUGGCGCGGCGAAACGAGCGCGAGCGCAACCGCGUGAAGUUGGUAAACUUGGGGUUCCAGGCGCUGCGGCAGCACGUGCCGCACGGCGGCGCCAGCAAGAAGCUAAGCAAGGUGGAGACGCUGCGCUCGGCUGUGGAGUACAUCGGCGCGCUGCAGCGCCUGCUGGCUGAGCACGACUCCGUGCGCGCCGCGCUGGCUGGGAGUCUGCUGGCGCCAACCGCGCGCCCCCCAGCGCCCCGCGGGUCGCCGGGGACUCCCGCGGACGCCGCUUCGCCCUCCUGCACCUCUUCGUCCCCUGGCCGCGGGGGCAGCUCGGAGCCCGGCUCCCCGCGCUCCGCCUACUCGUCCGACGACAGCGGCUGCGAUGCCGCGCUGAGCCCCGGGGAGCGGGAGCUGCUCGACUUCUCCGGCUGGUUAGGAGGCUACUGAGCGCCCCGCUCCGCGAGCUGAGCCCUGGAUGCGGAGGGGCGAGUGCACCCAUCCCCUGGGAACCAGCAUGGUGGGCAGCCCGCGCCUCCGUCCCCGCGGCCUGGCCAGCCAAGCCACCGCCAGGCCGGGACCCCAAAGGAUGAGGCUCCCCGAGUGGUCCAGCUUGACCACGUGCCAGUUUGCACGGCCUGCCUAGCCCCGGUUGGCAAGGACCUCGGACACUGACUGCCGGCGCCCCCUGCACUGGGGCCGAGGCGCCCAUACUCACACUGGGACGUUUUCCGAAGGGGGACGAGGUUUUGAGGACACAGAGCACCCGCCUUCCCACGCUGACCCUGCACUCCCCGGGUCGCUGGUGAGCUGACAGUACAUUUUCACGCAAAGACUCCGUAACUCGGGACACAAUA